AUGGGUGGCUUCAACACAAUCCUUUACUACAAUAGAUGUGUAUUAGGGAUCGUUGUCUUAUUGCUGUGUGCAGUAUAUGGUGUUCUUGCAUCAAUAGUUUGCACAUUAAUUGGUAAGCAGCAAUAUUCUCAAUAUUUAACUGCACGUUGUUAUAGCAAUGCAAUGAAAUAUAUUAUGGGUAUCGAUGUGAAAGUAAUUGGAGAAGAAAACUUGAAGAAUUUACCAUACAUCGUUGUCUCAAACCAUCAAUCUGCUAUGGAUAUCUUAAUGUUGGGGAGAAUGUUUCCACCAGGAUGUACCAUUACUGCCAAGAAAUCUUUAAAAUAUGUCCCAUUUUUGGGUUGGUUUAUGGCCUUAAGUGGUACUCUGUUCUUGGAUAGAACUAACAGAGAAAAAAGUGUGGGUACUUUAAACACUGGAUUAGCUAAGGUUAAGGAAAAUAAGAGAGCUCUAUGGAUUUUCCCAGAAGGUACUAGAUCUUACAGUAUCAACUUGGAAAUGUUGCCUUUCAAGAAGGGAGCUUUCCAUUUGGCUCAACAAGGUGAAUUACCAAUUGUUCCAGUUGUGGUCUCUAAUACAAGUUCUAUUUUUAGCCCAAAAUAUAAUGUAUUUAACAGAGGGACUAUUAUUGUGAAAGUAUUAAAGCCAAUCUCCACAGAAGGCUUGAAGAAAGAAGAUGUUGGGAAGUUCAGUGAGCAAGUAAGAGAGACCAUGGUGGCUGAAUUGAAAGAAGUCGGAUAUUCCGAUGCAUUUAAUGAAACCAAUUUACCACCAAGUGUUGUUGAAUUAAAUGGGAAGAUUAUUUCUGCCGUUAAGAAAGAUGACCCAGCUGAUGUAGUUACAAAGGAAAAUGAUGAUGACAAAGACAAAACUACCAAUGCAACAAAAGAAUUCUAA